AUGAUGGUGACAAAUAACACGACACAGCAAGAAAUCUUUCUGUUCAAAGAUGGGUACGAUAUUCCCGUUUACGGCUUGGCUAAUGGAAUGUUUUACUACAUACACAUAUCCGCAAGCGCUUGCUUAAUCGCGAGCAUUAUCUGUGCCCAGGCUACCCUCUUUCUGUCCUUUAAGAGUCACAGGGCUGGCGAGUUUUUCACUAAGUGGUCUAAAGGAGAGAGGCUUGUUGUCUACAUUUCAAUUUGCGAUGGAAUUUUCAGUGCAUUUCACUUGAUGGACCAUCUACAGAUGCUGUUCACGUUGGACCACGUGCGACCAAAAGCGCUGUGUGCAUUUUACGGAUUUACCAUGAUGGUCUUCUUUGUUGCCCAGAUUCUCAUCGUUAAUGUCGUCGCAAACAACGUCUUCCUCUUGGUGUUUCUUGGCAAGAAUAUUUCGUUCGGCAAGUAUGACAGUGGUUUGCUGAUCUGGGCGUUUGGGAUCCCCAUCCUUGGAGCAACGGUUGCAGCCAUGUACGACCAGUUUGGGCCAAUGGGCCUUGCAUGCUUUUACGACGCUAUCAAGCGCCACGUAGCAAUUAUGGUCUUCACUACUGUCAUAGUGGCAGUGAUCCUGGUAACCAACAUCGUGCUCUACAUACUCAGUUUCAUCAGGAUUCGCAGCGAUACAAUGAUCCGCAAGCAAAUCAUCGGCACAAAUGCCAGCGCUAUACUCGGUGUUGUGUGUGGGCAGAAAUGCGGAGUGGUAUCACCAGUCACCUAUGCCACCUUUCCCCACACAGACAAGAGGCUCCAGCAGACAGUCCCUACAGUUUACAGCAAAAGCUUCCAUCUUUGUGCUUACUAUAAGUUCAUACUUGUUUGA